AAACAAACAAAAAAUCGUAUAUGAAAAAAGUUUUUUUAAAAAGUAACUAUUUUGGUCUGUUUUGGGGUUUUGUUUCAUGUUCUGUUUUCAUGUCUUCUAUUUUGUAAUUUGUUUUUCAUGAUGUUAGCGUUAUGCUUCCCUUGCCCUCUUGUAUCUCUGCCUUGUGUAUGUGUCAUGCUCUGAUUGGUUGCUUUAGUCAUGUGUCUUGCCUCUCAUUGGUUGGUUCUUGUCAUGUGCAGUGUUGGGCACGUUUCUUUAAAAAAAGUAAUUAGUUAUAGUUACUAGUUACUUCUCACAAAUAGUAACCGAGUUAGUAACAGUUACAUCAUUAUAAAAGUAACUAAUUCAUAAUUCAUUAUUUACAUAAUAAAUAAGUAACUAUAUAUAUAUAUUAUGCUUUAAUUGAUGCACACACACACAUUAAGCUACUCGCACACAGAAUCUUGUCAACACUACCCCGCAGCUUUUAUUGUAAUAAAAUAGUUUCCAAUAAGCAGAAGUAAAUUCAGUUUCAUUGUUUGUAGGGACAGACAAACAGAUGCAGAUAAUUAACACACGCAUAUUUAAUCUCUCUCUCUCUCUCUCUCUCUCUGGGCAUAUUUGAGAAAAAAAGUUGAGUAGUUUGCUUCACCGAAUAUAACUGUCGGUCAUUUAAUAUUUCUAUUGUAAAACAGUUGACUAACAUUAAAUGAUUUGCAGGUUCAAUCUUACCACGCUCUCUUUCAAUGUUUUCAAUCUUCGCGGCACUCUCAGCGUUUGUGAAUGCUAAACCCCGCCUACUUUGAUUUGAUUGGCCAGUUCUGUUAGCCCGCUGAGGCAGAGCAGACUGAAAAUGUUACUUUUAAAGCUUUUUUUGUCAUCCUAACAAGAACGCUGCGUAAUGGAGGACAGCAGAUCAGUGCAAGAAUUUCAAAUAUUGGGCAGGACAUUUGGCAAUUUCUAAUUAUUGGGGGCGACUUGUCCCCCUCAACGUCUAUGGUGGUUACGGCCCUGGUUUACAUGUAGCGUGUCAAUUCCGCAUAUUAUGAAAGACUCUCUUGAUCUGUAUCUUUCUUUGCGUGCGUGUAUGUGAGAGAAAGCGACGGCGAGUCGUGCGCCUUCACACUAGAGUUUAUGACCAGAACAAAGACAUUCCAAACCAGAGAAAUUUCAUCAGACUAAGAUGUGUACAGACCUCCGAAGAUGCCUUCUUUCCAGUUUUUAAGUCUAUUUUGGGGCCAAUUGGCCAAAAGGAGUAUGGUGACUUCAGUUCCGUUGAGCCUUUUGUUAGUGGGUUUGCAAGCGAUGAUUGAUGUAAAAUUUUCAUGUCCGUGCAACGUUAAAUGGAAUAACCAUUUAAUAGCUCUCAUCUUCAUUGCUCCCAUUACCAUUGCUUUGGUUAUAAUGAUAUUAUUAUUAAGGCCUUUUCAUUAUGAAUGUAGUUGCAAUUGCAGUUGUAAAAAUCAAAACAACAGUGGAAGAACUCAAGGACAAGACGACAGAGGAACAACACAAGGAAAAGACGACAGAGGAUCAACACAAGGACAAGACGACAGAGGAACAUCUCAAGGACAAGACAACAGAGGAACAUCUCAAGGACAAGACAACAGAGGAACAACUCAAGGACAAGACAACAGAGGAACAACUCAAGGACAAGACAACAGAGGAACAUCUCAAGGACAAGACAAGAAAGAAACAUCUCAGUCUGAGAUAAAUGAGCUUGAGGCAAAUUUGAGUUGUGGAAAAGCUUCUUUAGUUUGUUUGAUUCCGAGUCUUGUGUGGUUAUGUUUAUGUUUAAUGGAUGGUGAUUAUAUCGCAUGUGGACAAACAUACUGGAAUGGACUUUAUACCUGUGAUAAAGAACUGCAUCCAUAUUGUUUGAAUUGGUGCAAACCCAACAAACUGAGCCAAGGAAAAAAUGAGACUGAAUAUUAUGAGGAAACGCAAACAUUCAUUGCUCGUUCAAAGCUUGCAGGUUAUUAUCUGGCUAUUAUCUUCUGCCUCAUAGCAAUUGUUAUUGUGGGUUUUGACUGGUGCAAAAGUGGAAAAUCAAAGUGCUGCAGAAAAACAGACCCAGAGAGCCAGAGUCACGGACGGCAAGAUCCAGAUACUGAUAAUCAGCAACGGAAUGACAAAUCUCAGACAAACAACACGGACAAUGCACCCGAGCAUGUCAGACUCUUAACGACACCUUUAUAACCCUGCUUUGUCAGUGACAGUAUCAGUGACAUAAAUGCCAUCAGCUUUUGCGUGUCUUACGCCCUUACAAUGUUUAGAUGUAUCUUUUUGAAUGAAGCAUGACCUGACUGAGGGAAUCAGCAGAAAGAUUUUCAGUGAAUAACAGACAAAAUUUCCCUCUCUUUCUUACACAUCUUGCAGCACAAGAGUCAGCAGUAUUUGUGUACUGUUUUUUAUUUUCUUUUUUCUUUUGCAUUUUUAUAAAUGACCCAUAAAAAUGAGAAAGAUGCUUUGCAAGCUGCAGAAAUAUAUUAAUAGUAGAGUUCAUAGAAUUUUGCAUGUUUCAUUUAUGUUAUCUUCUAAAGAUUAAUUUCCUGGUUGUGAUUUUUUUCCUAUUGUUUGUUGUUUAUAACUGUCCUUCAUGAGUAUAAAACAUAUCAGUGCUUAAACCUGGAUUUGAUGUUUCUAAAUUAAACAUGGCUAGAAGACAGCUGCAGUGCAACAGUCCUAAAUGAAACAGCCCCUCCUAACUUUAAUUUUAUAAGUGUCUGCAGGACUGUUAGGAGAGGUUGAGGUGUAGCUGCUCUAUUUAAAGAUGUUUAUCAAUGCAAGUGUAGCAGGGUUAGUGUUAUCUGUUUUUGGCCCGGUUUGGAUCUGAUUAGUGGACCAAUGAGAUGUAAGCAGCCCUAAGGACUCUUAUUUUGAGGGGUUUGUCUGGUUUUGUACAUCAAUAAGAAAUAGUACAUCAUCAACCUGCUAUCUUGACACACUUCCCACAUCUUUUUUCAAAAGUGUGCUUAACUGUUUAGAAGCAGAUCUCUUAGAAGUGGUGAAUGCCUCACUUCCUUUUUUGCCUCACUUCUGAGUUUACAUUUAUCAGACGCUUUUAUCCAAAGCGACUUACAUUGCAUUCAAGUUACAGUUUCUACAUUUUAUCAGCUCUUGCUUUCCCUGGGAAUCGAACCCAUGAUCUUGAUGUUGCUAGCGCCAUGCUCUACUAUUUGACCUACAGGAAAGCUGUUUAGCCUGUAUAUGCUCCCACUAAGUCAAAUAAUGAGAAAGAACCAAAUUGCCUAUCACAGCUAUGCUGAUGAUACGCAGAUUUACCUAGCCUUAUCUCCAAAUGACUACAGCCCCAUUGACUCCCUCUGCCAAUGCAUUGAUGAAAUAAACUGUUGGAUGUGCCAGAACUUUCUUCAGUUAAACAAGGAGAAAACUGAAGUCAUUGCAUUUGGAAACACAGAUGAAGUUCUCAAGGUGAAUGCAUAACUUGACUCUAGGGGUCAAUCAACUAAAAACCAAGUAAAAAAUAUUGGGGUGUUUCUGGAGACAGACCUUAGUUUUAGUAGUCAUGUCAAAGCAGUAACUAAAUCAGCAUAGUAUCAUCUCAAGAACAUUGCAAGAAUUAGAUGUUUUGUUUCCAGUCAAGACUUGGAGAAACUUGUUCAUGCCUUUAUCACCAGCAGGGUGGAUUAUUGUAAUGGUCUCCUCACCGGCCUUCCAAAGAAGACCAUUAGACAGCUGCAGCUCAUCCAAAACGCUGCUGCCAGGAUUCUGACUAGAACCAGAAAAUUUGAGCAUAUCACACCAGUCCUCAGGUCCUUACACUGGCUUCCAGUUACAUUUAGGAUUGAUUUUAAAGUACUUUUACUCUUUUAUAAAUCUCUCAAUGGCCUAGGACCUAAAUCCAUUGGAUAUAUGCUCACUGAAUAUAAACCUAACAGACCACUCAAAUCAUUAAGACCGAGUCAGUUAGAAAUACCAAGGGUUUACACAAAACAAGGGGAGUCCGCUUUUAGCUAUUAUGCUGCCCGCAGUUGGAACCAGCUUCCAGAAGAGAUCAGAUGUGCUAAAACAUUAGCCACAUUUAAAACCAGACUCAAAACUCAUCUGUUUAGCUGUGCAUUUGUUGAAUGAGCACUGUGCUACGUCCGAACUGAUUGCACUAUGUAUAAUCAUUUUCUAUUCUUAAAUGUUUUAAAUUCUUUUUAAAUCAAUUUUUAAAUCACAUUGUUUUUAUUGUUGUGAUUAUUAUUGUUAUUAAUUCCUUGUUGUUAUUAUUAUUUUUAAUGACUAUUUCACUUUAUUUUAUGUAAAGUACUUUGAAUUACUACUGUGUAUGAAAUGUGCUAUAUAAAUAAACUUGCCUUGCCUUG